AUGAUGAUGCUUGGCCGAGAUUUGAGCCUGCCCAUUGAUGUCAAUAUGGAACAACCUUGGACCGAGAACGAUUUGGAAAAUGGAGAUUUCGCGGAGCAGUUGCGUAUGAGGAUGCAGGUGGCCCAUGAAGCGGCAAGAGAAAAUCUGAAGGGAGCAGCUGUCCGGCAAAAGAAGAACUACGACCGCAGAACUCGGGAUUGCAGAAUACAAGAGGGACCAGACAACAGCAAGAACAGCAGAAUGAAACCAACACCAACACUGAGGUGCAGAAUUUGCGGCGAGGUGUUUUGGAGGAGGUGGAAUCUGGACAGGCACUUACAAACUCACCAGAGGGAGAGGUACAGGUGCCCACAGUGUGAUGCCACAUAUCUACGCUUUGAAGAUUUGAGGCAAUAUACCAGACAAAAACACCUUCGGAUCGACGGAGAACCAGAUAAGAAGGAAGGAGAAGAAAGAAAGGCGGGGAGGGGAAGAAAUGAGUCAGAAACGAGGAGAGAUAAGGAGGAGGCGACAGAUGCGAAGAAGACGGAGAAGAGAAGAAAUGAGUCAGAAACGAGGAGAGAUAAGGAGGAGGGAGCAAAUGCGAAGAAGAUGAAGAGGAGAAAAGAGGAGUCAGAGACAAGGAGAGAUAAAGCGGAGGGGGCAGAUGCGAAGAAGACGGAGAAGAUAAGAAAUGAGUCAGAAACGAAAAGAGAUAAGGAGGAGGGGACAGAUGCGAAGAAGAUGAAGAAGAGGAGAAGAGUCAGAAGCGGGGAUAGAUGA